AUGUCUUUUUCGAGCAACAUCAAUCCCCCCUUUACCCAACUGCAACCUGGGCAGGUGGUCGCCUACGACUACCUCCACGCUGCGAAGACAUGGCAGUGGACCCUGGGUACGGUGCGUGAGAUCAAGGACUACACGGCCGUCGUGCAGCAAUGGGGCCUUCACACCGGAGACAUUGACACGCUGCGCUCCAUUCUCCUCAAAGAGGUCGACACGGAAAAUGGACGCAUGAAGAACUAUCAUGACAUGCUGGGCGUCGCACGAGAGAAGCUCGCAUCCAUCCGCCGUAGCAACGAGGAUCGUGUUUCACACGUUCGAGGUCACUUUGACAAGGCCCGUGAAAAAGUAGAGCUCAUUGACGAGGUCGAUUUGCGCAAGGUCACGGCCCAGGCCGCCCCAUCCCCGGUUGCUGUAGCAGUGCUGAAGGCGGUGUGGGCGGUGGCCAAGUGCGAUCCCACGGCGGUUGAGUUCUACGAGUGGGCAGAUGUGCAACUGGAGUACCGCAAGACAGCCGCUCUCGAUGAGAUCGCCAAGACAGACGUUCUCACGAAGCCCUACCCUUCUGCGGAAAGCCUGCAGCAGUCCCUGGAGCAGGACCCCAAGCUGAACUACAAGGCGGCGGCGCGCAACUCGCCGGUGGUGGCCAGCCUCCACGCGUGGGUCACCACGGCUCUUGCCUACCAGCAGGCGUACAACCUCCUGGCGCACGACAAGCGCAUCCAGGAGCAGAACGACGCCAUCGCAGCCGCCAUUGCUGGCAUGAAGGCCUGUCGCGCCAAGAUCGCCAAGCUCAAGGACGAGCUGUCUUCAAAGGACGCGGCUGCACUCCCCGGUCAGGUCACCUCCUUCACCAGGACAUCAGUCCUCGUGACCAUUCCGUUGUCCGCCGUCAUCUCUCCGGUCAACGUGGACAGCGAUGUAAAGGGAUGCGUGCUGACUAAGGAUGAGGUCGAGCAAAUUCUCCUUGAAGCUAAGGCAUUGCGUUUUCAACUAAAGAGUCGCAUGAACUCUAUUGCCUCCCGGUACGUCGAAGCAGCAGCAGAACUGCACACACUCUCCCUUUACACUGCAGAGCUGGAAAAAAAGCGUCUCUACCUACAGGAGCACUACUUUUCGUCUAUUAUCCGAAAUGGUGAGGCAGAAGCCAAGUGGGAACGCACUGAGGACACUCAGAAGGAAAUCGAUCGUUUGAAUGCCCUGGUUGCUGAACUGCAAAACCAUGAUGAGAGGUGGGAACCAGAUUACGAAGCUGUCUCAGUGGCAACAUCACACGUGAAGAAGUACCCUGGUGCCGAAUGGGCGUACUUGAUAGCAGAGAGAUUCGAGGAAGUGCGUGCCGCCUUCGCUUCUGAUACAGCGCUUGCAGUCCACGUUGAUCCCAACUUUGUUCAGCACAUUAAGUUUGUCCCAGAGUGUGAUCAGUUGUGUGUGAGAUGUGAGAUAACCCACCCUGCCAAGAUGACGCGAACGGAAGUGGAUGAGCGUCUUUCGGAGAUGCCCACACGGCUGAUGAAUUACAUUUACAAAAAUCGCGACGCUCCAAAAACAGGUCUGGACAGGGCCGUGACUGAAAUCUGCCACGCCCUGGGAAUCGACGAUCACAAGUUUGCGGGGCUUGGCUUCGACGAGUUCGUUACCCAACUUGCCGGAUUCGACUACUUAGGAGACAAAGACGCAUACGAGAGCGAAAUUGGGGAUCUUCUCAUGCUUCUGGAUAAGAUCAACAACGAGAACAGGUCGCUCCAGUACACCCUUGAAAAGUCUGCGGAACGCUUCAAGAAGCAGGCUGCGGUGCUUCAGCGCGAUCAGGACGCUCUCACCCUGCGCAACUCGGACCUUGCCGAUGAGAUUGAUCGCCUUCAAAACCUCGUCGCAAAGCUUAAGGACCUUGCAGACAAGCAAGGCGCACAGCUCGAGCACUACCACAUGCAGCACCAGGAAGCACAACAGCUUCGCGCACACCGCAAUCUCUCACCCAUCCCACCCACCGCAGAGGAACCGUUGUACGCCGUUACUAUCGAUGAGUUGAACGCUCAAAAGGCACUCUGUGACGAAGAAAAACAACGCGCAGACAACCUCGAGACCCAGCUUGACGCACAGGAAGCCGCUAUAACGCAGCUUCAAAGCCACCUACACGAAGCCCAAUGUCGUAGCAAUGACCUCGACAACAAACUUCAACUUGCCGCCCAGCUCAGCGAAAAACAACAACAGCAGCUCGACGCCUUCCACCAGCAGCGCCGCGCUGCCAAAGACGCUCGCGCCGAUGAACCCGAGCUCGCUGCGGCCGAUGGGCUCUCGCUGUCAUAUGCCCACACAAGCAGCCGCACCCGCCUCUCUGCCGUCGUGAACGUGAGCAGAGAGGCCGUCGACCCCGCCACCCUCGCCGCAGACCCGCUCUACGUAGUGACGCUAGAUGAAUACAAAUCCAAACAGGCCGCGCUCCACAACGCAGAGGACCAGGCCGAGGCGCUGGCCAGCGACAACGAGCGGCUGGCCGCCGAGCUGGAGAGGGCGCAGGAGGAGGCCGAGCGGCUGGCCGGCGACCUGGAGAAGGCUGAGGAAGAGGCCGAGACGCUCGCGGGUGAGCUCCAGAAGGCGCAGGAGGAGGGUGAGAGGCAGCUGGCCGACAACCGCAAGCUGGCCAGCGACAACGAGCGGCUGGCCGCCGAGCUGGAGAGGGCGCAGGAGGAGGCCGAGCGGCUGGCCGGCGACCUGGAGAAGGCCCAGGAGGAGGGUGAGAGGCAGCUGGCCGACAACCGCAAGCUGGCCAGCGACAACGAGCGGCUGGCCGCCGAGCUGGAGAGGGCGCAGGAGGAGGCCGAGCGGCUGGCCGGCGACCUGGAGAAGGCUGAGGAAGAGGCCGAGACGCUGGCGGGUGAGCUCCAGAAGGCGCAGGAGGAGGGUGAGAGGCAGCUGGCCGACAACCGCAAGCUGGCCAGCGACAACGAGCGGCUGGCCGCCGAGCUGGAGAGGGCGCAGGAGGAGGCCGAGCGGCUGGCCGGCGACCUGGAGAAGGCUGAGGAAGAGGCCGAGACGCUCGCGGGUGAGCUCCAGAAGGCGCAGGAGGAGGGUGAGAGGCAGCUGGCCGACAACCGCAAGCUGGCCAGCGACAACGAGCGGCUGGCCGCCGAGCUGGAGAGGGCGCAGGAGGAGGCCGAGCGGCUGGCCGGCGACCUGGAGAAGGCUGAAGAAGAGGCCGAGACGCUGGCGGGUGAGCUCCAGAAGGCGCAGGAGGAGGGUGAGAGGCAGCUGGCCGACAACCGCAAGCUGGCCAGCGACAACGAGCGGCUGGCCGCCGAGCUGGAGAGGGCGCAGGAGGAGGCCGAGCGGCUGGCCGGCGACCUGGAGAAGGCUGAGGAAGAGGCCGAGACGCUGGCGGGUGAGCUCCAGAAGGCGCAGGAGGAGGGUGAGAGGCAGCUGGCCGACAACCGCAAGCUGGCCAGCGACAACGAGCGGCUGGCCGCCGAGCUGGAGAGGGCGCAGGAGGAGGCCGAGCGGCUGGCCGGCGACCUGGAGAAGGCUGAGGAAGAGGCCGAGACGCUGGCGGGUGAGCUCCAGAAGGCGCAGGAGGAGGGUGAGAGGCAGCUGGCCGACAACCGCAAGCUGGCCAGCGACAACGAGCGGCUGGCCGCCGAGCUGGAGAGGGCGCAGGAGGAGGCCGAGCGGCUGGCCGGCGACCUGGAGAAGGCUGAGGAAGAGGCCGAGACGCUGGCGGGUGAGCUCCAGAAGGCGCAGGAGGAAGGUGAGAGGCAGCUGGCCGACAACCGCAAGCUGGCCAGCGACAACGAGCGGCUGGCCGCCGAGCUGGAGAGGGCGCAGGAGGAGGCCGAGCGGCUGGCCGGCGACCUGGAGAAGGCUGAGGAAGAGGCCGAGACGCUGGCGGGUGAGCUCCAGAAGGCGCAGGAGGAGGGUGAGAGGCAGCUGGCCGACAACCGCAAGCUGGCCAGCGACAACGAGCGGCUGGCCGCCGAGCUGGAGAGGGCGCAGGAGGAGACCGAGCGGCUGGCCGGCGACCUGGAGAAGGCCCAGGAGGAGGGUGAGAGGCAGCUGGCCGACAACCGCAAGCUGGCCAGCGACAACGAGCGGCUGGCCGCCGAGCUGGAGAGGGCGCAGGAGGAGGCCGAGCGGCUGGCCGGCGACCUGGAGAAGGCUGAGGAAGAGGCCGAGACGCUGGCGGGUGAGCUCCAGAAGGCGCAGGAGGAGGGUGAGAGGCAGCUGGCCGACAACCGCAAGCUGGCCAGCGACAACGAGCGGCUGGCCGCCGAGCUGGAGAGGGCGCAGGAGGAGGCCGAGCGGCUGGCCGGCGACCUGGAGAAGGCUGAAGAAGAGGCCGAGACGCUGGCGGGUGAGCUCCAGAAGGCGCAGGAGGAGGGUGAGAGGCAGCUGGCCGACAACCGCAAGCUGGCCAGCGACAACGAGCGGCUGGCCGCCGAGCUGGAGAGGGCGCAGGAGGAGGCCGAGCGGCUGGCCGGCGACCUGGAGAAGGCUGAGGAAGAGGCCGAGACGCUGGCGGGUGAGCUCCAGAAGGCGCAGGAGGAGGGUGAGAGGCAGCUGGCCGACAACCGCAAGCUGGCCAGCGACAACGAGCGGCUGGCCGCCGAGCUGGAGAGGGCGCAGGAGGAGGCCGAGCGGCUGGCCGGCGACCUGGAGAAGGCUGAGGAAGAGGCCGAGACGCUGGCGGGUGAGCUCCAGAAGGCGCAGGAGGAGGGUGAGAGGCAGCUGGCCGACAACCGCAAGCUGGCCAGCGACAACGAGCGGCUGGCCGCCGAGCUGGAGAGGGCGCAGGAGGAGGCCGAGCGGCUGGCCGGCGACCUGGAGAAGGCCCAGGAGGAGGGUGAGAGGCAGCUGGCCGACAACCGCAAGCUGGCCAGCGACAACGAGCGGCUGGCCGCCGAGCUGGAGAGGGCGCAGGAGGAGGCCGAGCGGCUGGCCGGCGACCUGGAGAAGGCUGAGGAAGAGGCCGAGACGCUGGCGGGUGAGCUCCAGAAGGCGCAGGAGGAGGGUGAGAGGCAGCUGGCCGACAACCGCAAGCUGGCCAGCGACAACGAGCGGCUGGCCGCCGAGCUGGAGAGGGCGCAGGAGGAGGCCGAGCGGCUGGCCGGCGACCUGGAGAAGGCUGAGGAAGAGGCCGAGACGCUGGCGGGUGAGCUCCAGAAGGCGCAGGAGGAGGGUGAGAGGCAGCUGGCCGACAACCGCAAGCUGGCCAGCGACAACGAGCGGCUGGCCGGCGACCUGGAGAAGGCUGAGGAAGAGGCCGAGACGCUCGCGGGUGAGCUCCAGAAGGCGCAGGAGGAGGCCGAGAGUCGGGCGAGAGUGCUUGCUGACAAGGAUACAGAGCUGGCCGCGUUUCGGGCGAAGCGGAGCGCUGCGAAGGAAGCGCGCACCGGGGAACGGGAGCUGGCGGCAGCUGAUGGGGUCUCGCCGGUCGAUACCGGCGCAGGCAACGGCAGACGGCCCGCUGCCCAGGUGCCCCACGGCGGGGACUCUGUGGACCCCGCAACCAUCGCGGCAGAGCCGCUCUACGUGGUGACGCUAGAUGAGUACAAAGCUAAGCAGGCCGCUUUGGAGAAGGCACUGGCGCUGGCCUGUGCUGCGCAGGAAGCUGCGGAGGAAAAGUUGAGGGAAAACUCAGGACUGAUGGUGGAACUUGAGAAAGUACGCGAUCAAGCUUAUGAGGUGGAUUGUCGUCGGCAAGAAGAUGGUGCGGCCAUGGAGGGGGAGCUUCUUGUUGUUUUGAUGGAGUUGAAGAAGCUGAAGGGAAUCAAUGAUGCACUGCUGGCCCUAUUACGCGACAAGGAAUGCGAAGUAAAGGAACUGCGCUAUCACAAUGAGCUUUGGGAGGAUCCCCCCGGGGACAAGAAGCAGAUUGUCACCCGGCACACGAAGAUAUUUGAUGGAAACUGGGAAAGGAUUGUUCGCGAGCGUCCAGAGGCGCUAUUUGCGGCGUUUAUAAUUGAUUCCGGUAAUGCAUGCCACGUUCCCGGCAACAACAUCAAACAAGUGAGCUUUGAUCACGACUAA